AUGGCGUCGCUACCCCAUCCUCUUGCGCUGGCCGACCUGAAGGGCUUUCACGACAACAAGCAUCUUUCGGAUGUCACCAUCUGCUUUUCGGGCCGCAAGUUUCGCGGGCACAGGAUCGUGUUGUGUCUCGCAUCAGACUACUUCCAGAUGACUUUCAACGGAAGAUUCUUGGAGUCCAAGUCAAACGAGAUCGAGCUGAAGGAGGAUGAUCCUGAUGCCGUCGCCGGCGUGCUGAGGUACAUCUACGGUCUGGAUCCAUUCGAAGCAGUCGCCGCUCCAGGAAUUUAUUUCGAUUUUCGACUGUACGAGACGUCAGGAAAGUACUUGCUCCCGAGACUGCAAAGGAAAGCGGCUGCAUCUGCAAAGAAGAAACUGGAGGAGAAGUGGGACACGCCCAGCUUUCCCGAUUACGUCUACUCCAUCUAUCAGCACACGGCAACGCACAGUGGUGACCUGCGGGACAUUGCCAAGACGAUCUGUCGCGAUCAUCUACCGGCAUUGAUGGCCAGGAAGAAAUUCAAAGAGGUCCUGUUGGAAAUUCCGGAACUAUCGCUGGACAUCAUGCAAUUGGUUGCGAAGCAAGAGACGAUGAAUCGCGACUCGUAUUGA